UUUUAUUGUUCUAGACAUAAGUUUAAUCAUAUUGCAUUAAUAAGAUUAGUUCAGCAGAACAAUAGAUGAACUUGACCUUUUGAAAAAAGCUCUCAAAAAUUUCACCCAAAACAAGCAAAGCAGAAGCUAGAAUUCUUUUGUGAAUUUGGAGGUUGUGUGAAUAAGCGAGUCCAGAAGUACUUGUGAAUCCUUAGAGAAAAAGAUGGAAUCAGAGGAUUCUGAUAUGAAUAUCGUAGUGACUCAAAUUAGUGUUGGUGGGUUCGACAAUGAUGUCAAUGCGAAAAUGCUUUCAGAAUACCUGGAAGAACAAGUUGGACAAGUGUUGAGGUGUAGAUUAAAGACUUCGUCCACUCCUCCUAAAUCUUACCCAACUUAUCACAUUGAUGAAGAGAGCGUGCAAAGAAUGAACGAUUACAUAAGAGUGGAACCUCAUGCAUUCGUUCAUUUUGCAUCUUCAGGGUCUGCAAAUUAUGCUCUUGCUGCUGCUGGGCGUAAUGAACUAAUAUUAGGAGGGAAGCCUUUGAAGGUUAGUUUGGGUCCUGGGAAUCCCCAUUGUUUGGAUAAGAGGAGAAUAGAUGAGAUGCCCUUAAAGUUUUCAGAUGUUAAUGUAGAAAUUGGAGGACUGGUUAGUAAUGAUGACUUUGUGGUUGGUUGGAGGGGACCUCUUACUGGUGUGAACUUUCUUGUGGAUCGAUUUGAUGGGACAUGCAAAAUACUUUUCACAAAGAAUACUGUUUUCUCUUUCCAGAGUGAAGCAAGACAGGCUGUUAUAAAAUGCAAUUUCAAGAUUCAGUUUUUGACGAGGGAAAUCAAUGAGAUAAAGGAAUGUAAAGACUUUGCAUCUUUGGUAAUAUUAUUGCAGCUGGCUUCAUCUCCAUUGGUUUUCUAUAGAACUGCAGAUGAUGAUGUUGAAGAAUCAGUAGCAUUUGACUUAUUAGACGAUGAUGAUCAAUGGAUCCGAACUACAGACAUUACAUGUAGCGGAGCCAUUGGUCGGUUUAAUACCUAUCGUAUCUCAAUUCGGCCUCGCAAUGGUCCUAACUUUGGGAAGGCCAAGAAAUUUUUUCGUGAAAGUAGGGUGCCCGUGGUAGAACCAUGUAACCAAAGGCUCCGGGUGAGAAAUGAACCUGAUUUUGGUGUGCCCAUGCCAGAACCUUUCUUCUGCAUCCAAAACCAUGGAGGUAUAAGCUUUAAGGUCUUGUUUCUGGUAAAUGCGGUUUUGCACAAAGGCAUUAUUAAUCAGCAUCAGAUGACCAAUGAUUUCUUUACUUUGCUUAAUAAGCAUCCGGAGGGGAUUAAUGUAGCUGCACUGAAGCACAUAUUUUCCUUCAAAAGGCCUGUCAAUGACGCUGUUAAGAAGUUAGAACACAUCCAGACAUGGCUGUGGAAUAAACUUAACCUUCUCAAGAGAACUGAAGAGUCUGAUGAUGUUGUAGAGGUUAGGAGGUUGGUUAUCACCCCAACCAAAGCAUAUUGUCUUCCACCGACCGUGGAGCUGUCGAAUAGAGUCCUCAGGAACUAUAAACAUGUCGCAGAUCGAUUUUUGCGAGUUACUUUCAUGGACGAGGGCAUGUGGAACUUGAAUAGGAAUGUGCUGACGUACUAUGCUUCCACCAUCGUGAGAGAAAUUACGUCAAAAUCUAAUCCCCAGAAAACUGCUAUCUUCCAAAGGGUGAAAACUAUGCUGAGUCAAGGAUUUUACCUGUGUGGUCGCAGGUACUCUUUUCUGGCAUUCUCAGCUAACCAGCUGAGGGAUCGUUCUGCCUGGUUUUUUGCAGAACACCCGAAAAUUAGUGUGCCCAGCAUCAUAAGCUGGAUGGGGAGGUUCAGUAACAAGAAUGUUGCAAAAUAUGCUGCUAGGAUGGGGCAGUGCUUUUCAUCAACCUAUGCAACAGUGGAAAUCUUUCCAAGCGAGGUUAACUCCAAGCUUCCAGAUAUAGAAAGAAAUGGGUAUAUUUUCUCUGAUGGAAUCGGCAUGAUAUCAGCAGAUCUAGCUAUAGAAGUUGCAGAGAAGUUGCAAUUAAGUGUCAAUCCUCCUUGUGCUUAUCAGAUAAGGUAUGCUGGUUGUAAAGGUGUUGUUGCAUGUUGGCCAGCAAAGAAUGAUGGCAUCCGUCUUUCUGUGAGACCAAGUAUGAAGAUAUUUGACUCAAAUCACACUAUCCUUGAAAUUUGCUCUUGGACGAGAUUACAACCUGGUUUUUUGAACCGGCAAAUAAUAACCCUGCUCUCAUCUUUGAAGGUUAAAGAAGAAAUAUUUUGGGAAAUGCAGAAAGAAAUGUUAUCAAGGUUGGAUAAAAUACUUGUGGAUUCGGAUGUGGCUUUUGAUAUCAUUACAGGUUCAUGUGCUGAGGCAGGAAAUACUGCAGCUAUAAUGUUGAGUGUGGGGUUUAAACCUCAAAGUGAGCCUCAUUUAAGAGGGAUGUUGUCUAGCAUUAGAGCUGCUCAACUUGGCGACCUCAGGAAUAAGGCAAGGAUAUUUGUUCCUUCCGGAAGGUGGUUGAUGGGCUGUUUGGAUGAAUUAGGUGAACUUGAGCAAGGCAAAUGCUUUAUUCAAGUGUCAAGCCCUUCUUUGGAGAAUUGCUUUGUUAAGGAUGGUCCAAAUUUUUCUGAUAUCAAGAAAAAUCUUCAAGUAAUAAAGGGCCUUGUUAUAAUUGCAAAGAACCCGUGUCUUCAUCCCGGGGAUGUGAGGAUUCUGGAGGCUGUAGAUGUUCCUGGUUUACACCAUCUCUAUGAUUGUCUGGUCUUCCCUCAGAAGGGGGAUAGGCCACAUCCAGAUGAAGCAUCAGGGAGUGACCUUGACGGUGACCUCUACUUUGUGGCUUGGGAUAAAAAUCUCAUCCCACCCAGUAAGAAAAGCUGGAUGCCAAUGGACUAUGCUCCUGCAGAAGUUAAACAGUUGGAUCGUCAUGUUGAACAUGAGGACAUAAUAGAUUUUUUCUCAAAGAACAUGGUUCAAGAGAGCCUAGGAGAAAUCUGCAAUGCGCAUGUGGUUCAUGCUGACCUCAGUGAACUUGGAGCUUUGGAUGAGAAGUGCCUUAAAUUGGCAGAGCUUGCUGCUAUAGCCGUUGAUUUCCCCAAAACUGGAAAACUUGUCAGCAUGCCUUAUAACCUCAGACCAAAACACUAUCCUGACUUCAUGGGGAAAGAGGAAUUCCAGUCAUACAACUCCGAGAAAAUUUUGGGCAAAUUAAUUUUAUCUCAGGGAGAAUUUACUGGACUUGAGUUUGUCCCUGAAGACAUCCCAUAUGAUACUAAUCUUGAGAUCCCAGGAUACGAAGAUUUCAUAGCUGAAGCAUGGAAUCACAAAUGUUCUUAUGAUAGUCAGUUGAAUGGACUUUUAGGACAAUACCAAGUUAACGGGGGGGAAGAGGUGGUUACUGGACAUAUAUGGUCCAUGGCAAAGCACAAUUCAAAGAAGCAAGGGGAAUUAAAAGAGAGGCUGAAGCAUGCAUAUAAUGCGCUGAGGAAGGAGUUCAGGAAUGUUUUCGAGCAUAUGGAUCCUGAUUUUGAUCAACUUUCCAUUGAUGAGAAGAACGAUAUGUAUGAAACAAAGGCGUCUGCAUGGUAUCGGGUUACCUACCAUCCUCAUUGGGUGACUAGAACAGUACUGGAGUUGCAAAAGACUGAUGUUGUCUCAAAUACUGUUAUGUUAAGUUUUGCAUGGAUUGCAGCAGAUUACCUUGCUCGAAUUAAGAUUAGACAAAGGGGAAUGCAGCAUUCCGACUCUACCAAGCGUAUCGAUUCUCUUGGAAGGUAUCUUGUUGACAAGAUAUAACAACCAUUUGGCUGUAAGGCCACUCUGCCAUUAUCAAUACUUGGUUUGUGAAGAUCACAUUUGUGAC